UCCUGGUUAUCUGGUAAACGAAAAGGAAUUAGGAGAACAUUUGGUCAAGAAGUAAAACGAGGGAAGUAUGAGCGGGUGGAUGUGUAUAGAUAGCUGACUGUGUGGAGAGAGUCACUCUAGCUCAGUUUUAAUGGGUUUACGGUGAUCGAUUCUGACGGGAAGUUGGAUUUUAGGGUCGACAAUUAUAUGGACAGUCAUAGGGAAGAGAUCCUCUCAUGGACGGCUCAGGCAACCCCCUCCCCACCAUGCGUCGCAAGGUCAUGUGUUUACGGGAUUUUCUUCACCCAACACCAGAUUCGUUUACGUGAUUGAAGACUCCUACUGCCAAAGAUUGUGCGAAGUACUCGAUGAGUCAAGGAAGGUGAUGGCAGAGAUUAAGAGAAAGGAAGCCAUGUCCCAAAGAGGAAGAGGGGAGGAAUUUCCUUCUGUAUGACUGGCAAGGCAUCCGGAGAUCAGAAGGGGAAAAUAGAUUCUUGAAUGGAACGGAGCAGCUAACGACGCCAAGUAUAAACUCCGUUUAAUUCGCUUCACACGCAUUAAGCAAAUACACGAAUCAAAAUACACGUGGCGCGUCCUCGUCCUGCGCGAAUGGUGCCAGUAUGGACUCUGCCCUGAUAGAGGCCGAACCCCACUUUAGUCGCUUCAGCAGCCUCUUUGGAAGCCUGGAACUCACAAGGCAUCCGGAGAUCAGAAGGGGAAAAUUUUCUUUCGGAUUACAAUUUGCAAGGUAGAAGGUGUCAAUGGGUUCGGGCUUCGACGAGAAGAAUUUCCUGGCUUGCUGCGGCAGCACCAAAUUUGCCAGAGAAAUGGCCGCCGCCUCUCCUUUCCCCACCUACGAACGAGCUGUUGAAGCUGCAAGAGAUAUAUGGUUCAAUAAGGUAGAUGUGAAUGGAUGGCUCGAAGCAUUUGCAGCUCAUCCACCGGUAGGAAACCCAAAUUCGCGGACCCAGAAAACUGCAACGGGUGAACAGUGGUGUCAUGGUGAGCAAUCAACUGCAUUAGCAACUGCAACUGAAUCUAGCUUACAGGAACUAGUUGAAUGGAAUAAUCGCUAUAUGCAGAAGUUUGGAUUUGUUUUUCUUAUAUGUGCAUCCGGGAGAAGUACACCUGAAAUACUUGAAGAAUUGAAGAAACGGUACCCGAACAGACCCAUAGUCGAGUUUGAGAUUGCAGCUCAGGAGGAGAUGAAAAUAAUUGAACUGCGUCUUGCCAAACUGUUUGCAGCUAAAGCAGAAGUCACUUCUACUAUCAGUACUCAGUAUUACAUCUCUCAAGUGACAAAAGCAGAAGAAGAUCGUGUAAGCAUAAUUGGAGCACAUCUGACUGCCGCUUCUGAAGUUCAUGGCAGUGGUAAAGCAUCUCAAAACUCAGCUAGAACUCGCCCUCCCAUCACAACACAUGUCUUGGAUGUCUCUCGUGGAUCCCCAGCUGCUGGCAUUGAGGUACAGUUGGAGAUGUGGAAGGGCAGCAGACCGUUCCCAUUGUUUGGUGAGCUUGAUUCAGAGGGCUGGAUACUCCAAGGCUCUUCAUUUACAAACAGCGAUGGGCGUAGUGGCCAGCUAAUGGGCAUUGUUGAAAGCGUGGAUCCUGGGUUCUAUCGAAUAAGUUUCAAUACUGGGAAGUACUCCCCCAGUGGGUUCUUUCCGUAUGUAUCCAUUGUGUUUGAGAUCAAGGAGUCUCAGAGAUUGGAACAUUUUCAUGUUCCUCUGUUGCUGUCUCCUUUCUCAUUCACAACAUACCGGGGAAGCUAGAAAACUUCAUUGUUGGUUCUGAUGCCACUACUUCUGUGAAUAAACCCAUGUCCAUUGUGUUUCUUAAUGAACAUUUUGCUCGUUAGAUUCUGUACUUGUUAGUGCUCUUGGAUCAUGGCCAUGUCAGAAUGAUUGGGUUUUUUUUGCCCUUAUUUUAUGCUUAUCACCCUCUGUUAUAUGUUGCCAUGUGUUGCUUGUUUGAAAGGCCAAAAACCAGAAUGGUUUAUUACA